AUGAAUGCAGUAAUUGAAGAACAUGAUGAUAUUAUAGACUGUAAAAGCUGCAGCAAAGUGGACAUUUCCUGCAACGAAAUUGCGUUCUGUGGAAGAUGGGGUUAUUUAUUGAUGGUUAUCAUCUCCCCGAUUGCGAUUUUGACCCUAGUAAUCGCUUUUAUAUGGUUUGUGUGCAAACAAAUAAUUGCACGCGCACACAGACGCAUAGAAGCUGCAAAAAACCCUAAAGCUAAAACAGAUGAAGCAAAUGAGGUCAAAAUCACUAUUCCCGAAAAAAAGGAUGAAGAAGUAGAGAAACAAACUAAAGCUAAAACAGAUGACGCAAAAGAGGUCAAAAUCACUAUUCCUGAAACAGAUGAUGAAGAAGAAGAGGUAGAGGAAGAAGAAGUAGAGGAAGAAGAAGUAGAGGAAGAAGAAGAGGUAGAGGAAGAAGAAGUAGAGGAAGAAGAAGUAGAGGAAGAACAGGAAUUAGAGGAAGAACAAGAAGUAGAGGAGCAAACUAAAGCUAAAAGGGAUUAUGCAAAAGAGGUCAAAAUCACUAUUCCAGAAACAGACGAUGAAGUAGAAGUAGAGGAAGAAGAAGUAGAGGAAGAACAGGAAGUAGAGGAAGAACAAGAAGUAGAGGAAGAAGAAGUAGAGGAAGAAGUAGUAGAAGCAGAAGAGGGCAGUGAAGCCUCAGAUACAGAGGAAGAAUAG